CUUUCUUGUCCUUUCUCUCUCGCUUUCGGUGUGUGUGUGUGGCGGCAGCAGCGGGUGAACGAUGCCUCGCGGUUCGAUGGAGGAUCACUGGACUUCGUCUGAAGACCAGGGACAUGAGCCUAAGGAACCUGAGCAACUGCGUAAGCUGUUCAUUGGUGGCUUAAGCUUUGAGACUACAGAUGAUAGCUUACGGGAACACUUUGAGCAAUGGGGGAAGCUAACAGACUGUGUGGUUAUGAGAGAUCCUCAAACAAAACGCUCCAGGGGCUUUGGUUUUGUCACAUACUCAUGUGUAGAAGAAGUAGAUGCUGCCAUGUCUGCCCGGCCACACAAAGUUGAUGGACGUGUUGUUGAGCCAAAACGAGCAGUUUCCAGAGAAGAUUCAGUUAGACCUGGUGCACAUUUGACUGUGAAAAAGAUAUUUGUUGGUGGCAUUAAAGAAGACACUGAAGAAUACCAUUUACGAGAUUACUUUGAGGGUUAUGGCAAAAUUGAAACUAUCGAAGUUAUGGAGGAUCGUCAAAGUGGGAAGAAGAGGGGAUUUGCUUUUGUUACAUUUGAUGAUCAUGAUACAGUUGAUAAAAUUGUUGUUCAGAAAUACCACACAAUUAAUGGGCAUAACUGUGAAGUAAAGAAGGCCCUUUCCAAACAAGAGAUGCAGACUGCAAGCUCUCAAAGAGGCCGUGGAGGUGGCGGUAGUAACUUCAUGGGCAGAGGCGGAAAUUACGGAAGUGGAGGUGGAAACUUUGGCAGAGGUGGUGGUGGUGGAGGUGGUAGUGGUGGAUUUGGAAAUAGAGGUGGCUAUGGCGGUGGUCGUGGUGGCUAUGGUGGCGGUGGUGGUGGUGGUGGUGAUGGAUAUAAUGGCUUUGGUGGAGAUGGUGGUAACUAUGGUGGCGGCCCUGGCUAUGGAGGACGUGGUUAUGGUGGAAGCCCAGGGUAUGGAAACCAAGGUGGUGGAUAUGGUGGCAGUGGUGGAUAUGAUGGCUACAGUGAAGGUGGAAACUUUGGAGGUGGUAACUACAAUGACUUUGGAAACUAUGGAGGGCAGCAGCCAUCAAGUUAUGGGCCCAUGAAGGGAGGCGGUGGAAGCUUCAGCGGUAGAAGCUCUGGAGGAAGUGGCAGUGGCCCCUAUGGUGGUGGCUAUGGAUCUGGUGGUGGAGGCGGCAGCUACGGAAGCAGAAGGUUUUAAGACUUGCGGCAGAAAAGGCUACAGUUCUUAGCAAGAGAGCGAGGAGUUGUCAGGAAAGCUGCAGGUUACUUUGAGACAGUCGUCCAUGUGCAUUAGAGGAACUGUAAAAUCUACCACAGGAAGAACGAUGAUCCAUAGUCAGAAAGUUACUACAGCUUAAAAAGGAGGCUUUUCUUGUUCAGGACUGUCAUAGCCACAGUUUGCAAUCAGUGCAGCUGAUAAUUAAUGCAAUGUAGAGCUGAUUAGAUGUACAUUCCUGAGGUCGUUUUUUUUUUUCGUUUUUUUUUUUAUAUAUAUAUCUGUAGAAGUGUCUCCCAUUUCCUUUUAUUAUAUAUUUUUUCCCCAUUACAUCAGGUAUAUUGCCCUGUAAAUUGUGCUAGUACUACCAGGAAUAAAGAAAUAAGGAAUUUUUUAACUUUUAAAAAA